AUGAAGGUGGAUGCCUUAGCCAAGCGCAUGGAGGAGGCGGGUGGCGAGUACGCGGAGAUCGGUAGGCCGCAACAGUGCGCGGACCUGAAGCUGACCGGGCUCGACGAGUCCGUGACGCUGGACGAGGUCAGGAAGGAAAAAGCAAAAGUGGGAGGUUGCGCGGUACACGAAGUAACUUCGGGGGGAGUGCAUCCAGGGCCAAGAGGAGAAAGGGGGAUGCUCGUCAGGUGUCCCACAUGGGCUGCGAAGAAGGUCGCAGGUGGGGGGAAACUGAAGGUGGGCUGGAGCCUGGCAAAGGUGACUAUCCUCAGCCGGCGCGUGCACUGCUUCCGGUGUAUGGGAAGGGGGCACGCGGCGACACGAUGCCCGGCGAAGGAAGACUGGAGCACUGUGUUUGGCAAAUCCCGCAAGGCGUAG